CGCGUUAGUUGACGUGUCCACCGUGUGCGGCCACGUGUAGGAGUUCUCCUCAUGGCCUUGAAAUGGUUGGGCACGUUACUAUUUCCGGAAGCAAGGCUGAUCACAUGGCGUCCGGAGAAAAGGAAGAUCACAUAAACGUGAAGGCAAAGGUGGCAGUCGAGACACCACCGUACCAUCUAGACGGAAAUUGGAUUUGUCGAUGUGACAAAAGGGUGCAACGCGAAGAUGAUUGCCUGCGAACGUUCGAGUCUACAAUUGUUAAAAAGAGUUAUAGGGAUGACUUCAAGGUUUGUCCUCGAUUGCUGGCUGGAACUCAUGCCCCUACGGUGGUAAAAAUCCUCGAUGCGUUUCCAGAAUUAAUUGACAGUGUCACACGCAGCUGCAACAAUGAACUCGAGCAGUUCCACGCAAACACAGCUGAAGAGCAGCGGGUUAACGUUGACAGGGUCUUAGACAUCCUAGAAUACAUCCUUAGAAAUUUGGGCGAGGCGGAAUCAAGCAAUUCUUGGCUUGAAGUAGUUGAGGCUCUGUGUAGCUCACUUUUCAAGAAAAUUGCAUUCACUAUGCCGGCGGUGUCAGAAAGCUCGGUUCGUCACGACUGCUACAGUGUAUGGCUGACUUUUGUCAAGCGCCUUGUAGUGCCACUGAUAGCCCCAUACACCAUUGACCACCGAAACAACCUGGACGACAAAGUAGCUAGGCCUGUCCGGAUAAGCCGUUUUAUACUAGAAGUCUGCCUUGGGCACAUGCUAGUGAACUACAUUGUGUGUAGUGAACUUCUGUUGAAUGUCCAAUACUAUGUGGAAUAUAGUGCCGUGAGCUCCUACUCGAGUGAGCACCACAGGCGUUUAGAGCUGGAAGUGACGCGGCUAUUACUGGAUCAUGAUUGGAGCACAUGGAACAACCAAUCAAAUCUUCUUAAAAUGCACGAAGCCUUAGUGGGCCCUUUUAUCAAGGUGUGGUCUGGGCGCGAUGGGAGGAGAGAGGGCUUUCUUAAUGUAGGGGCUGUUAGUGACGUAGCAGCAGCCGCCAAUGGUAUGCUCGCAAUAUUCGGACAUCCGGAAGACCUAUCCUCGGUGAACGAUAUAGCGCGCCAAGUUCAAAUAAGCAUCAGUUUGGGCAGGCCUUUAGAAGCGUGUUUCGUAGCGAAACAUCUGUGGGUGUGUAAGAUCCAAGACAGCUUGAGACGAGCCGGGAACGAUUCGGACGAUUCAGCUCGUACUGCUCACGGCGACAUCCGAGCCUCAAUGGCAACCAGAGGGGUGAUGGCAUGGUAUCAGACGUUAGAACUGGAGUCAGAGAUCCUAUCCAGCUUUGUAUUAACUAAUUUUCCUGAUACAUAUUUUGGUAGUUACCUGAAGGAUUGGGCUUGUCGUUUGGAGAGCUGCGAACCUUUAGGACUACCUGCGACGAACAACAGCAGCGAAGUGUUAAAAUCUGACGCGGUUUUAUCAGUCUGUAUUGUACUCAAAGCUAUAGAUGGAGUAUACCGUAACCUCACUGGUCAAACACUAGACAUUCCACUGUGUAACCAUGCCACAGUGUGUAGGCGCUUGACCAAAAGUGUGUUAAACGAUCUGCUCCACGCCGACUCGAUAGGGAUACUCAGAGCAAGAAAAGCUGUCGUUGUGGAGUUUGUCCUUGAAAUUUUGGACACAACCGAGGUGGCGUCUGUGCCUUGGUUUGUACUAGAUACUUAUCUAUGUGACAGUAAUGUUCAAUACAAUAUCCCUUCAAAAGUCCGGAGCGGCGUGCUCCUCGCUGCGAUUUUCAGCAAGUACGCAGGGUAUCGGCCAAGUAUACUAAAGCACCUCAACGCUGUGUUGCACGAUUCCACACUGUCAACAAAUAAUUAUACUACAUUAUCAACGCCUGUUCCCAGCGGCCAACAUUUAUUCGCUAGUGUGGUCCGCGGGCUUAACGACAUGGAUAGUGUGGAGCCAGAGUUCGCGGUUUAUGUGCAGUUCACGAUUAUGAUAACUGACCGAGAGAGGCAAAUGCCCCAUCUGUUCCAAUGUUUACAGCGAUACUUCGAAGGUGGCCUAGACGGAUGUAUCCCAAGCCCUGAUAACCAGCGCGUGGUCCGUAGUAAGCGUCUAAUUGAGCAUUCUAGUGGUGGUAGUGGGGGUGUCGAGGAGCCAGCGCGACAAAAGCUGAGAAUCUCUGCUCUCAAUGGAGCUAUUGAGGAGGGUAAUGAUCAGAGCGACCGGAGCGACUCGGCUACCUCUACCAGGAGAUCUAGCACGCUUUCUUCCGCCGAUACGGUGCCUGUAUUGCUUGAAGGGGGGCUUAAUCUGACUGUCAAGAUGGAUAGACUAGACACUCAGGAUCGUGCCAGUCUGAAGCGCAAGGUGUCCCGGUAUGUCAGAGACUGGGAGGGCGCUAUGGCGAGCCAACAGUACGGGCUGGCUAUGUUUUCCUCAGCGUUAUCGUCACGGAUACGGUAUGCAUACAUAUGGCCUGCUACUAGUCGAGGCAGGGAUACCAGAUUCGAUCAUGUGCUGGCUGACUUUAUAGUGCGACACCCGGAGUUCACAUCAUUUGUCGCGAAGCCAUCGCUACUCAGACUAAUAACACAGGAGCAGUACAUGUUCGUAAAGGACGAGCAACCGUGGGAGUUGUUGUGUCGCAGUCAGAGUAAGCACGUACCACCACGCCCUACAAAAGCAUCACCACCCAAGGAUCGUGUGCAUGGUGUGAGUGUAAGCACACGUGACGAGAUACCCGGCGAAUCCUUCAUGAACAACAUUGUGGAGGCCCACUGUUGUCUGCACACACCCAAUGAACGCCCUUCCGCUUCCGACUGGGCUGAUCUCACAGGUGAUCAGCCUAGCGAAAGACCGGCACGGGUUAAGCGAGUGUCUGAGGCUGAGUAUGAGUUAACACGACUGGCAGCCUAUUUCCUGAACUGGUUUGGGGAAAGCGAACGCGUCGCACACAUUGAACGUCUUGUACGCGCCUCUACGGGUGUGGGUGGUAUGAAUGUGGCGAUGGGGGUGCAUGGAGUGCAUGUUGAUGAACAUGAACGAGUACAUCGACGUGAGAAGACGGCCACAGAUACGUUAACAGGACAAGAGGAUACGUUGGAGCGGCUAGCACUGUACUAUGGCGACACGGUAGUGGAGGACUGCAUACGUCGCCUGCUACGAAGUAUUAUACGCUACGAGUUUGAGCGCAAGCACGAUACGUUCAUACAACGUACGGUUGUGCGUAAGGUGGUGGGGUUAGUAAGUGAUAUGUACGAUUGUGAGAUGAUGAUUGAUAGGUUUGCUGGUACUGAGCUGCUGCUGACUUGGGGGACUGAGGUCAGGUUACACUUUCUAGAAGUAGGUAACUUAGACCGGGCCGAUCUGUUGAGAUCGCUUCUGGUGUCACAGGGAGUCCGUGGAGUGGAUGAUGCGAUGGAUUGUUCGAAGGGAGAUGCAUACUCGCACACGCAUGCACGCACGUACUAUCACAACAACCAGAAGCAGCAGCAGCACUCCUUUCGGCGCAGAGAUAGGCGGAGGAACCAUAGCGACAAUCGCGCAAGUGAGUGCAUUCAAACACUGUUGCUGCAUGUGAUGCUCCCAGGAGACUCUUCUCGUGUCACAUCACGCCAGGUUAGCCCAGCCUUGCGUAGAUGGCUGAAACAGAUCUUACUACCUAACGUCCUUGACUUGCUACCACGCAACUGUAGCCCAAAUGUUUACGGAGGAGUGUUUGCUAGAACAUUUGUAUCUGAACCUGAACAGAGCAAUGGUAUGCGCUCAUCGUAUGCUACACCGGAUUCUACCGUGCAUUCUACGAAUGCUGCAGAAAAUAGUAAGCCACCGGCACACACCAGCACCUACUCGCGGGCAGCGUGUGCACUGGAGAUAUUGCUUAGCAACGAGAGUCUUUUCCGUGCCUUGUCCACGGAGGAUACAUGUGACUGCUGCAUGCGUUCGGCUGCGGUGAAUCCCACGCCACGGUACAUUGGGGGCCCACCAGACACGCGGAGCGACGGUGAUAAACUUAACACACACAGACAAGUCGUGGGUUGGAAUGGUAUGGGUUAUGUGCGCAGGGACGCGAGGCACGCCGGACAUGGCAGGAAUGCCGAUACAUCCAGCCAACUAAACAAAUCAACUUCUGGAAAGCGGCCGCCCCUACUCAGUCAGAAUAGCACUCCCUGCAAGCCGAGGAAAAACUCACUCAGCCAGAGAAUCACUCGUGAGAACUCUCUCGCAGAUGAUGGACAAUCCGCUGACACUAGCACUCGUGAUAGAGAAGCCAUCACGGCUAGCGAACUGGCGUAUCAGUUGCUGUGUGUGUCAGGCUCGGGUGGGCCUGAGACUGAGGCUGGAGGACUCUCACCCACAGGUAGCACUGAGAGAGCUAAGAAGAGAAGAAGUAGACGGCAGUGCACGUGCUGUAUUAGCCUCAAGUACCUGCUUGACAGUAUUGCAACACACUGUGACUACACACAGAAGUUCCAUGUAUUCCACAUGUGGAUACGGAUAUGGGAAAACAUGGUCACGCAAAGGACAGCCCCCUGGUCCUACCUGGUAACCAUGGUAACGCUCCUGAAAAGCCCUUCUCCGGAUACUUUCUCGAAGUUGGGCCAAGAUGAUGAGAGUUGUCAAUUAGAUACUUUUUUCUCAAAAGCGAUGGCUGGUUUAAUCGUCGAAGGGUUCGAUAUAGCGCUAAAUGAGUCUGACUGUAAGCAAAGUGUAGACCACUUCAGCGCCGCAGAUCUGCUCAAGUAUUUUAUCACACACAGCGGGGGGCAAGUCAUGGCCAGGGAAGUGCUGGAACGUUGUGCGGAGAUGGUUGUUGAACGCAAAGACAGUAUAGGACCGAAUGGUGAGUUACUCACGGGUGAUUAUAGUCUUAAUAAUUUACAUCCCGAAGAGUAUGAAGAGCUCAAUCUCAUUUUGAUACGGUGUCUGCGUCAAAGCAUAGUGUCGUGCGCAUCCGGGGUGGCCUCUAUGUCCAUGUCCACGUUUUCUAUCAGAAAUCAGGCUGUAGGCAAACUUGAGGUUGGUCUAUGUAAUGCUGUGAACAUGGUGCAGCAGGGGCGGGGGUGUUUGUACACAACUUGGUCGAUGGAUAUGACCUUGUCCAUGUUGCACUCAAUGUUGAGCCUGAUGGAGGCUGAAGAUGGCAAAGUUCAAAACGUGAUGAUGGACCUUAUGGAGAGGAAGGCAGUCACUGCAGCGUGUGGGGACAGUAGACCUGCAAAGGUAACCUUUGUGUGGGAGACGUUCAUACGCUUGCUGAGUUACGAUAGUUCUGAAGUGCGGCUGUUGGCAAUCAAAAUACUGGCGUGUUUCCUGAGAUUAAGGGGGUUCCGUUACGUCGUGGCCGAUGAUACGAUGAUCCUUUUCGUAGGCAGAUACGCCGAGGAAACCUCCACCCUAGUUCUACAGAGCUUAGGUAGGCUGCUGCUUGACAUAUGUAUUCGUGAGAAACGGUAUGCGAUCCGAUGUCAUCGUGCACCGAAUCUCUUACACCCCACACAGCGCUUCAAAUGGCCAGUGUCCGCGAAUACCGAGUCUGCUUAUGCCUACCUAUCGGCGGCCUUGGUGUACCUAGAAACCGCGGCAGAAAACGCCGUUGCCGUGGAGGAGAAAGUAAUAGACCAUGCGGUAGACCGGCUGUCGUCGAUGACCUCACAACUAAUCCUCGCGCACCCCGGCAUACAGCCGGAGGUGUUCAAAUACGUGACGAGUCGCCUAGAUGCUACGCUCGACGUUGGCAUAUGGCUGAGAUUUGUGAUGGUGAUGUUCGCCCAGGCCAUUGCUUCGUAUGCUGCGUCUGCCAGUGAUGCAAGUGUGAGUGGUGCGACACUUAGAACCGCGGAACACGGACUGGUGCUCGAUAAGUGUAUCUGGGCAGCACUGGGACAUUUGGGUAGGAAGGGUCUUGAUGCGCAUACAAGCGCGCAGUUGUACCGGCUGGCGUACCUAGCCUCCUCCCGUGUGGGUAUGUGUGCGUUGCUGCUGGCACACAAGCUGCCCUGGUUGGUAGCGGGAUGCUGUGCCUCUGACGAGAGUUUGCGUGCUGUGUGCGUGGCUACAUUGGAGAAACUAUACAGGCACAACGGUUCAAUAUCGGAGACAAGCAAGCAUACACAAUCAGACUCACACUGGCCGAGGCAAGAAAAUGUGUACAAAACGGUUUUUGUCGCACCAACGAUCAAUGCGACAGUUGUCCAGGAAAUAGCCCGCCAAAUUAGAAGCGGGGAUGCGGUCAGUGGUAGCCAUUUACGCAUGGCGUGGAAACAAAUUAGUGAUAUGAAAUUUACCAAACACGCUACUUAGAAUACAAAUAAAAGUAACCCUGAAUGAAGGAAACUAUUCCUAUGCGAUGGAUCGAAACG